GUCGUCAUGGUAACAGCUUCAAAGUGUUUGAUGAAGUGUGGAUCGAUUUUCGAUUCUGUUUUCAGUGGAUCGUUUUUGUGGCCUAUAACAGCUGAGUGUGACUCAGACCGUUAGAGGAACUCGUGCGUGUUAACGUGUUAAAGGUUGAAACUGUUUAGUCACUACAGGGAGUUCCUCUGCACCUUUAAGAAAAAGCUAAAGACCCAGCUCUUUCAUGAAUACCUACUAACUUAAUGAUGAUGGUCUCCAUAUUAUUGAUGAUGAUGAUGGUAAUGACGAUGGUUUUUGUUUGAUAACGACGACUUAUAAGAUGGUUUCUAUACUGAUUAGAGCUCUCAAGAACUGCCCUCAAUGUUGUGCUUUGCCUCUGGUCACUUCCUGUCAGCACCUGUGUGUCCAAUCAGACUCAAAGCUAAUCGUUUGCUCUUACUGACAUUGUUCCCUUUUUUCUAGAUCCUUGCUUGUGUUGUUCUUACUCUCUGAUGUACGUCGCUUUGGAUAAAAGAGUCUGAUAAGUGAAGUGUAGAAAUAUUUACUCACUUUGAUGUCAUAACUCUCCGUUAUUAAGAUUAUUAUUUUAUUUAUCUUAAUUCAGUUUUUUUCUCUGCUUUUGUCACUUUUACAAGAAGGAGUGAGACUCAAACUAUUACUGCUAACUGUUGAGUAGUACCGUGUGUGUGUGUUUGUGUGUGUGUGUGUGUGUGUGUGUGUGUGUGUGUGUGUUUGUGUGUGUGUGUGUCUGUGUGUGUGUGUGUGUGUGUGUGUGUGUGUGUGUGUGUGUGUGUGUGUGUGUGUGUGUGUGUGUGUGUGUGUGUGUGUGUGUGUGUGUGUGUGUGUUUUAGCGGGAUGGGGGGAGCUUUCUCCUCUUACAUCACCGCCCUGUUGGAUACUUGUCUGCAGCCUGACUCUCCAGUCUCUCUGCAGGAGGAGAGGAGGCAACAUGUGGACAGAGAGGCGCGCAGAGCUGACUCACCGGGUGACCGGGGAGGCUCGCGGCUGAGUCUGUCUCUUCUCCAGCAGGGUCCCGGGUCAUGGACUGGAACCCCCUCUCCUGCUCCCCCCUCCCUCUCUCUCUCUCUCUCUCUCUCUCUCUCUCUCUCUCUCUCUCUGAUGAGCCAGCAGCAGUCUGAAAGUUGUUGAAGACUUUUGGAGCGGUGUGUCUGUGCGCGCUCAGCCCACACUCGAUCCCCUUCAGUGAGACUCUCGGAGGGACACCUGGGCGUGUGUGUGUGUGUGUGUGUGUGUGUGUGUGUGUGUGUGUGUUUCUUCACGGAGGAUUAUCUCUGAUUCUUGUCUCACCUGGAGCUCUGCUGAGGACAUGGAGAACUCGUGUUAUUUCCUGGCCGUGUUACUGCUCGUGCUCUCCGUGGGCUUCAGGAUCGAGGAGGGAAUGUGCCAGCACUACUUUCUCCUGCGGCCCAUCCCCAGCGACACUCUGCCCAUAGUGGACCUAAAGGAGGACCCGGACCCGGUGCUGGACCCCCGGGAGAAGGACCUGAACGAGACGGAGCUCAGGAGCGCCCUGGGCAGCCACUUCGACCCGCACUUCAUGUCCGUGAACGCACCGGAGAGGUUCAUGUCCCUGAACGCACCGGAGAGGUCCGAGGAGCUGAGCGAGGCGGACCCGCGGCUGAAGCUCUCCGGAGCCAUGCCCAAAGAGAUCCGGGCCAUGGAGUUCGAGGUGCAGCACGGAAAGAAGCAGAAACCGAGUAAAAAGCUGCGCAGAAGGCUGCAGCUGUGGCUGUGGUCGUACGCACUGUGCCCGGUUGUUUACGCGUGGAACGACCUGGGCAGCCGGUUCUGGCCGCGCUACGUGAAGGUGGGGAGCUGCUACAAUAAGCGGUCUUGUUCGCUCCCUGAAGGGAUGGUCUGCAAACCUGCCAAAUCCACUCAUUUUACGAUCCUGCGAUGGCGCUGCCUGCAGAAAAAGGGGGGUCUGAAGUGUGACUGGAUACAUGUUCAGUACCCCAUUAUAUCAGAGUGCAAGUGCUCCUGCCCCAACUGAGACUCUGCUGCUGCACAGGACCAGACUCAGGACUGUUUUAUGAGUAGUUUUAAACCCGAGCAGCAACACUUCACAAACUGUCGAGCAUUUUGAGUGGAGGAAAAGCUGGUUUUCUCUAAACCAAGGGGAGAAAUGUCACAUCAGAACAGCUUUAAUAAAACAAAUCUGUAGAAUAACCGCGUGGAAAAGAUUUAAAUGCUGAACACGAGUCUUUCUUUGCAGUGCACUGUCCAGUGUCAGAAUGUAUAUUUGCUGUACAUGUUUUUAUAUUUUAUGACAGAACUUUGUAUAAAAGCUCAGUAUUAUUAAUCUAAUCAAAUCUACUGUUUUUUUAUAUUCUGAUUGUAUUUGUUUAUAUUUAUAAUGAAGAAUCCAAAUGUUCGUUUCGAGAACUUUUUAAAGAAUUUAUGGACAAACAUCUGAAACGUUGUGACAUCAGCUGUUGAUGGUGUUUUUAAAAUGAUUAACAGCACAAAUAAGACAUCGGGGAUAAAAAUCAUAAAAAACAAUCAGGGGUCGUUUUUUAUUAUCGUCAUGGAAACGUUUUUAAGAUGCUGUAAAAUAAAAAAAAUUAACAUUUGGUCUCAAACAUGA